CAACCACAGGACUGACUCGCUUGGCGUGGAACAGUCUGGCCAUGUCCAAGCAAUCGAAACCGCCGCCGCUGACGAACCGGCGCGACCAGGCUGUCAACCUUCCGACAUCAAACGUACCGCAGGAUGUUUCCUUAGAUUACGAAUGUGCUCAAGCUGAUGGUAUGGAUGUCGACGAGAAUGAUGGUACACCGUUGCUGGAUUUGAAGAAGAGUCUAGUUGCCUUACAAGCUCUCCGUCAGACCCGUCAACACCACCUCAACAAGCUCUUCCCCAUCUUCACAUCUCCUGUCCCUAAAACGAAACCAGGUCCCAAACAGAGGACUAAGAACAAGACCGAAAGUAAUACCACCGAAGCCUCGGCAUCUGCCCCUACGCCACAACCAGAUCCCGUCCAGGAAGCAGAAGAAGACCCCCUUCCUCCUCAUCGGUUGAGAUUGUUGGGCACCUGUCGGUUGGCAUUAGGGCCGAUCACGAUAGACCAGGUCAACCUCUGGGAAUGUAGAUGGGAGGUACCACAGACAACUCUUCCUCCCCCUCCUGCUCGGUCUCUGCCGCGACCCCUUGCAACAGGAUCGUCUCCGUCGACACCUGUGAAACCUUUGACGGUAGGAUCUUCUUCGACGCCUGUGAGACCGUCAGCAGUGGGAUCAUCUCCUUCGACGCUGGUGAGAACUACAACAACGGAAUCAUCUUCGCCCAUGCCUGUGAGACCUGUCGCAUCAGCAGGUCCUCCAAGGUCGACUUCGGGAGCACCGGGACCACCAUCUCAAGUCCCAGCUUCAGACCAGAAGCCUAGACCACCCGGACAGACUACUAUGGGUCCUCACGGUCCGAUCGCUCCACCACCUGCUAUCACUCGCGAACUCAUCGACCUAGUCAACGCCCGAGCGCGAGCCCAUCCCUGGCUAGCCAUCCUCCUCGAUCGCGCUGAAUCGAAAAAAGCUACCUACUCUGAGCUGAAAAAGCUCGGUGGGGUCGUCGAGAUCCUGGACAAGGGGUAUGAUCUACCUCUGGACAGGGCAUUAGCGGAGAGGGCGGCUGGAGAUGUCAUGGGAUACAUCCGGAGCGGUGCCAAGAAAAGGCCAGGGGUGGGUACUGGAAGGCUCGUCAUGCCCGCAGUUGCGACCAAGACGGCACCCGCAUCGCCAUCGAUGGUGUACACUCCGAGCAAGACCGGCCCUGUUCCCGGGAAACCUCUCCCACCGAUCCCGGAUUAUCCUUUGAUAUUGAUCUCCUUUGCCGAGAAUCCGGCAGUCAAAUUUGUCCUCCCUUUCCCGUUCGCCUACAUCUCGUACCAUCCGACCGAGUCGACACCUCCAGUUCCUUCGAUUCUACCUGUAACGCUUCCACCUCCACCUGUACUCUCUCAAGGAUCGCGGACACCGACAACGACGCCCGCGGUCCGCCCCGUCCCGGGUAGAAGAGGUCAUAUGCUACUCUCCACUUUCCUCCCAUCGAAAGGCUGGGGCAGAUGGUUCCCGGAAAACGAAGCCACUUCAGAAUCCGCCCGUAAACGUUCUCGGCGAAAAGACCCUUCUGCCCAUGCCCGCCUAGGGCUGCCCAAAGAAGAUCGGGAUUACUCCAUCGGGGGCUGUACAAUACCUGCUGGUGGAGUCGAGCCGUUGACAAUCAGGUUUGAGGAUAUGGCCGAGGUCACGUGGAUGGGAGUGAAGGUGGUGGGGAGGGAGAUGGAGGUAUGCUUGGAAGCGCGGAGGAAGAGGUUGGAGAGGGAGAAGGAGAAAGAGGCGGAGCGGAAUAAGAAGACGGCGGAGAAGCAGAAAGAGGUACAGGUGCAGGUACCGGCUGAGGUCGCGAAAGAGGGGGAGAAGAAUGGCGAUGCGAUCGAGAUACAGAAGCCCAGCGGGGAUAAGGACGAAGAUGACGAUAUGAUCGUGAUACAAAAGCCCGGCCUGGCAAACAAUCAGUGCAAUACGGCCGAAAACGACAAGGGAAAGGUCAAUGACACGAUUGUCAUUCAGGAGCCCGGCGCUACGGAUGACGGAAAGGUUAAUCCCGCAAACACAAAUGUAACGGAGAGCACACCUAAGGACAAGGCGGAACCGGCCGACUCGGCAGGUCUAUCUACCGAGCGGCCUAAGCGGGACAGCAAGAAGAAAAAGCGCUGGAGCGAUGGGGAAGAGGAUAUCUUACAGAACAAAUCGUUCAAGUCUGGAAAGUCUACCGCUAAGCAGGCCGAGCUUGAGGAUGAGUUGGGAGUCGAGGGCGAUGAUCCCAACAAGAGUUUCAAAGCGAGAAUCUUCAAUCAGCUCCUCAAAAGAGUGCCUGCCAGACGAUACCUGAAGUUGCGCCUGCCUGAACCGUUACCAGACGAUCUCGUCAAGGCAAGUACUCAUUUGUCAGAUCCGGUCAUCAAGAACUUGGCUGUCGGCAAAGCCUCUCAAACCAUCAACGUCCUCCCCGUGCAGACCAAGAAGCGAAGGACAUUAGCUAGCAAACGGAACUCUGUCACGCCAAGCGCCAAGAAGAUCAAGCCAAACGUUGUGAAGACUGGCCCAAUUCCGGCUGGAGAUGACGGUCCAGCUGAAAGCACAGUUGCAACUCAAGGAUAACUGUAUCACUGGAUAGUAACGGUAGAUCAGAAUUACAGG